AUGUUACAUCUGGACAUACAGUCCGUGCGUUUGGGAGGGAAUGACUUAUUGCGAGUCACGACACAUAACACCCGAACCCUAUUGUAUGAACACUUCGGACAGUUGUCUCCGGGGGUUAUACUCAUCACUACCCGACAUAAAGUGGUUCGGGUUGUGCUCACCCUAUCACCGGACAGGGAUGUGGACAGGGAGUGGGAUGUCGGCUAUAACACCAAAGAUCUGAGCGCACAGUUUACCCGUAUUGACAGCGCCGGUAGUUUCGUAUUCCCCUACUAUCACAAGGACAUGGAUUUGAAAGGAAAUGGAUUAGACUUUAAUCUACUGUUUGAGGCCAAGUCUGACACCAAGAAGUUGUUGAUGAAUGUGGCGGACAGUGAUUUGAAUGGAGGGACAGUUAGCUUCCGGUUUGUGGACAAGUACUCGGAGCUCAACCUAUUUGACGCAAAUCAUACGAAACCAGAGUUUUUGCUCUCAAAGGGACAGCAAAUCCUGGUUAUGGUCCGCGGGUUCCGGAAAUCUGACACAAAUCCCGGGAAUGCCUUACGUUUGGACUACGAAAUGGUUAACUCCCGGUGCAGUCAGUAUGAGCUAUUACAAGAUAUUGAUAGUCCCACCAUGGUCAAUAUGCAAUUACCGACUGAAACAGACCUACAAAAAUUAACCAGCUAUAAAUGCGUGAACAUAGUUGAGCAUAAAUAUGAACAAGCAAAACUGUUACUCGAAUUGACACAUUUCUCACAAUUCAUAAACACCGGGGAUAUUAUGCGCGUAUUGGACGGCAUAUCCCGGGAUUCCCAACCCAUGGCUGUUAUUGAGACCCAACUGUUGAACACGUAUUGGAGGCAUAAGUACUUGUAUUCGACGGCAAACCGGUUGUGGAUAUCGUAUGAAUCACAACAUGUGGUCAAUACGAGCCAAUCCAAGGGUAACGUCAUUGGCGUCCGAUCAAUAUCCCAAGGCGGGAACUACCGUUUCAAUGAGACGACAUCCCUUAUGGCACUGGAACUCAACACUAAGACUAAGCCUCUAUUGCCUAUUGUAUACACAUUUGAUGCCGAUAUUGGCUAUCAAUUAGUGGUUGACUUUAAGGACAAUCAAAUACCACCGGGAAAUGGAUCCCUUCUAAAAGUCUACGAUAACACCGACCGGACAUAUGGACAGUCACUCAUCGACCUACAGUCCCAGACAUACCCCUAUGUCUAUGACUACGCUAUCGCUUCAAACACCAAUCAAUUGAUGCUCAAGAUCUCUCAAUGGGUUGACAUUAAGCUAACUGUCCGUAAGUUUGUGGCUAAUGGUUGUAAUGCCACAGCCGGGGACAGGUAUACCAGUUAUAGUGUGUCCGGUAGUUGUCAGCCAUUGUGCUCGUGGCUCAUCCCUGGCCGGCCUAAUACCACCGGCACCCGUAUCCUACACUUCAGUCAACUCUCGAUGGAUAUGCCUAACGAUUAUGUCGAGUUGGUCAGAGUGCGUGAUAAUCUUACCAAGCUACUCGUUGUUCAAGGGGUGACCAGGUUACCUGAUAUAAUGAUACAAUCUAAUGAGACCCAUGUGUUAACUACUAAACGACAAUGCUCAAAUAAAACCACGGAGCAAGGCCAAUUUUUGGUUGCAUCGGUAUCAAACUUGGCCAGGGACGUGACCACCAGUAUCAUCAAGGUUAAUGAUACCGUUUCGACAGUUAAAUUGCAAACGUACAACUUUCCGGAUAGUUAUCCCAUAGUAACAAACUUUGCAUGGGAAGUUAUUAGCACAAACUACACGGCGGUGGAUAGGAUUGCGAGCAGGGACAAAUCGGUGCAGCUACAAAAUGUAGCUAGCUUAUCGAGCGAUAUGGUUCUGACAUUGCCAUUUUGGGCUAAACUUAAUGCUUACCUAGUGGCUCAAGUGUACCCGGGCAAGUUAGACCUUGCUGGUGUCAGCGCUACACUAACCCCAUUAAAAUGCGGCGGUGAGUACCAAGUACAAACUGGAAACCCGCUGAUUAUACAUAUGCCUGAUUAUAUAAUUGGCAACGCGUACCGGUGCUUAUGGAAAGUUACCGCUGCUAAGGAUUAUCCAUAUUACCAAGAUAACAAUCUGGAGUUUGUAAUACAUUCACCACAAUUCUCGUCCACUGGUGGCUACUUAAACGUAUACGAUACUAAUUCAAUACGCGAUAAAAGCAGGAUAAUUUAUGGCUAUGGCUACGAUUUUCAUGGUAAACACAAAAGUUCAACAAACACCAUGAUAAUCGAGUAUACCGUGGCCGAAUCUGGAUUGAAUAAUAUCUAUUUAAAUGUCACUACUAUUGGGUGUGCCACAAUGUGCAAUAAUCAGGAACGGUGCCUAUUAAAGCGGUUUAAGUGCAAUGGACAAAACGACUGUGGUGAUUGGUCGGAUGAGAGGUAUUGUGACACGCCACAACCAGAACCAACACCUCGGACAAUUUAUGUGCACACUGGAGUAAGUGGUUGGAUAGUGGUCGGGGUGAUCGUCACACUGUCAAUGGCGGGAAUAGUGGUGUGGGUUGUGGUACGGGUGGCUCGUAAAAGGGGCUUUGGCUACGCCACACAUAUUGAUGGCGAAUGAGAUAUUAUACGAUAAAAUUUGACCAGACACAAUUUUAAAAUCUGGUUCACAUUAUAAUAUUGGCAACAUUGCUAUGCUUACAUAAGCAUGCAUGACAAAUUAUUUUUCA